UGUGUGUCAGAGAGAGAGAGAGCGAGUGAGUGAGUGAGUUUUGAGGUGUUCCUCUGCUCUAAAUGUUCCCAAACUGGUUUAGCAUGAUUUUCUAAACACAGGUUUGGCUUAAGGAGAUUAAGACUUUAUCAAUGAUGGCGGUGAAUCUGAGUAAACACGGUGCAGAACUCUCAGAUGCUUAUAAUGAAGUGGUGAACGGAAAAACUGACACUGACUGGGUUUUAUUCACAUAUGAAGGAAACAGCUAUGAUAUCCAAGUAGCAGCAAAAGGAGGUGGAGGUUUAGAUGAGAUGGUGCAGGAGCUCGACGUGGGUAAAGUGAUGUACGCAUUCUGCAGAGUGAUUGAUCCGAAUUCCGGAGUGACAAAAUUUAUUCUCAUUAACUGGACUGGUGAAGGAGUGACCGGUAUGAGGAGAGUUGUGUGUGCUAAUCACUUCCACACCAUGGCCAGUUUUUUAAGGGGAGCUCAUGUGACAAUUAAAGCGCAUUCAGAAGACGAUGUUGAGCCUGAACUCAUCAUGAAUAAAGUCUGUCAGGCUGUAGGAGUGAAUUACAGCUUACACACUGAAUCAAAUCAAUUCAGCAACGCUGCAGCUUCACAUCCUGUGGGUUCAGCAUAUCGCAAAACCAGCGCAUUAGAGGAAAUUAAAGGAACUGAGAGGGAAAACUUCUGGGCUCAGAUGGAGAAAGAAGAAGAAACUCGCCAUCAGCAGGAGAGAAAGAAAGCAGAGGAGGAACAACAGAGAGUGGAGAAAGAGAGAAAAGAACAGGAGGAGAGAGAGAUGGCCGAGAGAGAGCGACGGCAGAGAGAGAGAGCCAAACAGAUCGAUCAGCAGAGACUGUUUGAGAAGAGACAGGAAACCAAACAUCACAAUCAGCAGCAACAGGAACCGGUGGAGCAAGAACUUCAGGCUGCUCAGUGGAAAGGAGUAAGAAGCUCCAGAACUGUUCAGGAAGCCAGAGGUUCAAAGUAUUGUAAAACCAGUGCUUUAGAAGAAAUUAAUGGAACCGACAGGGAAAAUUUCUGGGCUCAGUUGGAGAAAGAGGAAGAAACUCGCCGUCAGCAGGAGAGAAAGAAAGCAGAGGAGGAACGACAGAGAGUGGAGAAAGAGAGAAAAGAACAGGAGGAGAGAGAGACGGCCGAGAGAGAGCGACGGCAGAGAGAGAGAGCCAAACAGAUCGAUCAGCAGAGGCUGCAGGAGAAGAAGCAGGAAGCUAAAAAUAUAAAUCAACAGAAAUCGGUGGAGCAAGAACUUCAGGCUGCUCAGUGGAAAGGAAUAAGAAGCUCCAGAUCUGUUCAGGAAGCCAAUGAUGCAGCGCCCAUCAUUUCUCAGCGUGCCGUCAACCCCAGAGACAUUUUCAGUCAAAAAGAAACAAACUUCCUCACUAACAGAGUCUCUGAAACACAACCGGGCAAGAGCAGCACUAAUGAUAUCGCUUAUAAUGAAGAGAAACAGCUGGAAGAAAACAGCUACGACACAGUUCCAUCACAACACAGAGUCUAUAAUGAGGUGGAAGAUGGCAGAACGUCUGCAGUUAAACAGUCGGCUGGUCUGCAGCAGAGUCUCUACGCUAAAGCGCUGUUUGAUUAUCAGGCGGCUGAUGACACUGAGAUCACCUUUGACCCUGGUGACAUCAUCACCGUUGUAGAGAUGGCGGAUGAAGGCUGGUGGCACGGUUACGGGCCUGAUGGGCAUUAUGGGAUGUUUCCCGCUAAUUAUGUGGAGCUCAUUUAAAUUGCAGUUUAAUGUUUAAUCUGUUGCUGAAAUGUUCCUGACGGUUUGGUGGUUUUGCUGCAGUUACGCUGCAGACUGAGAAGCUUGUGCUGAGUUACACAGCAGGCAAACUGCUACAUACAUGUAAUUAAUAUGUUCGUAAGAUUACUGUUCAACUGGGUUCCUUUAAAAACUGUUUCUGAGAACACAAACAUUUACAAUAAACUGAUAAAGUAC